CCGGGCCCCGGGCCACCCUCCAGACGCGAUCCCCUGCUAGAGCCUCCCUGGUCUGGGGCAAAGUUGGUGGCCGCCUUCGCGCGGGCCGCGCCCUCCUUCUCUUCGCUGCCAUCCUCCCCCGGGGCCCGCGCCCGCCGCCUCCAGCACGCGCGUCGGCAGGCCCGGCAAGUGAAGUGGAGCGGCUCUCUGGGGGCGCCCCUUGCCCAGCCGGCCAGCCCGGCGCGCACGACGGGAGUCUCCCCGCACCCCUUCCUCUCCCGGGGGCCGAGAGGACUGGGCUCCGCCCCGGCGCCGCAGCUCCAGGCUCUCUGCCGCUGGGCUGCCGCCGGUGCCCCGCGCCCGGCGCGCGGGGCAGCCGGGGGCGCUGGCGGCGAGCGCAGGGCGGGGGGAGAGGAGCGGCGCAGAGGGGAGGGCAGAGGAGGAGAGAGCCUGGGAGCGGAGGAGCAGAGGCGGGCGCCGCACCGCCCCGCGCCCCGCACGCUCGCUCGCUCCGGAGACUCGCGGGCGGCCGCUUGGGCGCACUAGCCGGGUCACCUUGUCCCGGAGGAGAAAUGGGUUCCCUGAGGAAAGUGUGACCUACGUGCCCAGCCUGCCAGCCUGACGCCCAUCCGGGGAGGGAGGACCAUGGAUGGCAUCAUUGAGCAGAAGAGCAUGCUGGUGCACAGUAAAAUCAGUGAUGCUGGCAAGAGGAAUGGCUUGAUUAACACCAGAAACUUGAUGGCGGAGAGCAGAGAUGGUCUGGUGUCUGUUUACCCAGCGCCCCAGUACCAGAGCCACCGGGUGGGGGCCAGCACAGUGCCAGCCAGCCUGGACGGCAGCAAGAGUGAGCCAGUGCAGCAGCUGCUGGACCCCAACACCCUGCAGCAGUCGGUGGAGUCCCGCUACCGGCCCAAUAUCAUCCUCUACUCGGAGGGCGUGCUGCGCUCCUGGGGGGAUGGCGUGGCCACCGACUGCUGUGAGACCACCUUCAUCGAGGACCGCUCACCCACCAAAGACAGCCUGGAGUACCCCGACGGGAAGUUCAUCGACCUCUCAGCUGACGACAUCAAAAUCCACACCCUGUCCUACGAUGUGGAAGAGGAGGAGGAGUUCCAGGAGCUGGAGAGCGACUACUCGAGUGACACGGAGAGUGAGGACAACUUCCUCAUGAUGCCCCCGCGGGACCACCUGGGCCUCAGCGUCUUCUCCAUGCUCUGCUGCUUCUGGCCCCUGGGCAUCGCUGCCUUCUACUUGUCCCACGAGACCAACAAAGCCGUGGCCAAGGGGGACUUGCACCAGGCCAGCACCAGCUCCCGGCGGGCCCUGUUCCUGGCAGUGCUGUCCAUCACCAUCGGGACCGGCGUCUAUGUGGGCGUGGCUGUGGCCCUCAUCGCCUACCUCUCCAAGAACAACCACCUGUGAGCUUCCUGCGAGUGGACGGGGAGCACCCAGGGCAGGUCUGUGUGGGCAUGGAGGAAGCAGACAUGCCGCAUGACGCAGUGCAGUGCAAAUGAUUGCCAAAUGAUGCCACGAAGCCCUGGGAUUUCCUACCCGUGGAUUUCUUUUGUUUUUACCCUUUAAUUUCAUGUUCACAGCACUGUGUAGAGCACCAGACAGACGGGCACUGCUAAUCCUUCCAAAGGAAAGCUCCAAAGAUCCCAGCCCACAAGGCUGUCUCUGGAUAGGUUCUGGUGGAUGAAUGGCAGCGUGGCUCUCUGCAGCCUGCCAGUGCCCAGAGUGCCACCGCAUUAGCAAUAUACAAACAGUCCAAAAAAGUGUUUAUUUUUAUGGAAUACGGUGCAAUAGGCAGAGGACAAGGGACACGCCACUCUUCUGUCUGUGGCCCUGCUGGAAUCCUUUGUGUCCCCCCGAGUCCACAUGCCUUCCCUGCAAGACAAAAAUGGGGCUGGGAAGGAAGAGGUGACACCACGCUGGCAGGACCCCCGCUGCACUGCUCUGCAGACCCAUUGGCCUGACCCCGAGACACAGGGCCAGCAAAGCCCAGGACCUGCCCCCGUUCCUUUCCCUUCACCCUACCCAGCCUCGGGAUGUCAAGCCACCUCCGGAACAUGUCUACACUCCACAGCUACCCCGCAGCAAUACGCACUCUUGGGACCUCGCUGAUCCAGGAUGGGGAGGCAGGCCAUCGCCCCUCCCAAGACUCAAGAAACUGACCUGCGGUUGCUCCAGAAACUCGAGGCUCUGCGGCCGUGAGCACCGCCGGAGCCUAAAGACACGGGCUCUUCCCAGUCACGGCACUGGCGGGCAUUCACCCCAUCAUAAGCAGACACUAGUGAUCCCGGAAACGAGAUGGGCCUUACUCUGUCGACUAAAUGAAUAGCUAUUUUCUUGUCAUUUUUUUAAGUGCAACUCUUGCUUCAUGCUGCUUAAGUUACCAGACGAAUGCUGAGAAAUAAGUAAUCACAGACAUUUUAAUACCAUUUCAUUGCUGUUUUACGAGUGUUCAUUACUUAACAGAAAGUUAUCUUUUAGCUUUUU